AAAAUAAUUAUAAAAACAAUAUGUUCACAUCCAUUGGAUCGAGACAUUUGAAGGGAUUCCUUGUUAAACCAACAUCUGUGAGGUACAUGUCAGGAGCUUCCAUGAUUAGGGACAAGUUCCAACAGGCAUACGUUGAGAGUAAAAGCCAUCAGCUAGAAGAAGCACCAAAAGACCCUCAAAAUAAAGAAGAAUAUGGAGCUGGAUAUUACCAAAAGUACCAGAAGGGCUUGAAGAAGGGAUAUACUCAUCCUUAUCACUCAAAGGAGAACCCAAUUCAUGCAUCUUCUAUGUUGCACCAGCUCAAUUUGCUUUCUGACUUAGUUGGUCCAGAGCAAGUUUCUCCUCAUUAUGAAAGUUUGAGCAGAUCAAGAAGAGGACUCAUUUUCUUGUUUGCCUAUUUCGGAACUAUCACUACCCUCUCAAGACUUGGGGGAUGGGAUCAUAAUGACUGGAUCAGAGGGUUAAUCUUCCACCACGAGUACCUCAUCGCUCUCUAUGUCGGUUAUGCUGAGCUCAGGCAUUUCACUUGGUUACCAGGACCAAAAUUCACUAUCUUCUAUGACGUAUUCUCUAAGUAUGAGACAAUGCAGUUGGCUAAUCAGUGGAAUGAUACUGCUGAAGAGCUCUCAGUCCAGUUCUAUCAGAGCACAAAGAAUCAGAUCGAUUACUUCAAUAUUCAUAAUGAGUAUAGAUUUGUUAAAAAGAGAUCAAUGGUUAACUUCAUGACCAAUGAGAGACUCAACUUGGAAAAGCAUUUCCAUGAGAGAACCGUUUCUAUGCUGAACCAGAUCCAAGGAUUCGAGCAACAAAACAUGAAGAAUAAGCUCAAGAGUGUUACCCAGGAAGCCUUCGAUGCCACUCUCAGAAAGGUUGAAUCAGACCCAGAUGAUGAGAUUUAUAACCAAUCCUUUGAAGCUGCUCUUGAUGGUAUUAGAAAAGGAAGAAUGGACUUCAAAACGGACCCAGUUCUUCCAAUAAUGACUGAAGAACUCUCCUCUCGUGUCUCAGUUCUCAAGAACCUAUCUCCUGAGCAAGAAAGUAGACUGUUAUCUAUCAACGAGGACCAAAAGAAGGCUGUUGCUCAGAGUGACAAUGCUCAAAGAGAUUCUUAUCUCAGAGCUGUUCCACAAAUCUCAAGCCAGGGCUUAAAGAACCACGCAAAAUUCUUGAAAUUCGUUCACUACCUGACCAACAUUAAUAGAAGGGAGAUCAAGUAAUUAUGAACAGAGGUGUUUUCA